AAGGCUUCAUCACUCAUGACUGGCAUCCUCCUCUCACACCUGGUCACUGCGCUCUGAACUUCUCACUCCUUCCUCAGCAGCACCACUUAUCUGCCUGACCCCGGGGGUGCCACAGCAGCAGUCUUCAAAGCUGAUUCUUCUUAGAGAGAUAUGAAGAUACUGGGCCAGCUUGCUUUCUUGCUUUUGCUCGGGGGAAUCUGGUGUCAGAACAACCGUAAUGCUAAAGCUAGUGGAAAGGCCACCAAGAAGUCUGGUGGGAACCAAGGAGGUGAAGUUGGCCAGUCACCCCCCACGGUUGAUCUGACUCCUAGAGGAACUGGGGGCAGUGGAAACACUGGGGGCACUGGAAGCACAAGAGGCACUGGAGGCACGGCUGAAGCAGGACGGGAGGGCGCCGCUGCAGCUCGAGCAGCUGGACAACAGACAGAUGAUAUGAGGCUGCACUUCCUCAAGAACACCCAAGUUACGUGUAAUGAUGGAACAGCCGCUGGGUUUUACCUAAAGGAGUUCAGAGGAAGCCGCCGAUGGCUGUUAUUCCUGGAAGGUGGCUGGUGCUGCUACAGCAAAGAGACCUGUGAUUCCAGGUACCAAAAUAUUCCCCGACUAAUGAGCUCAUCGGGGUGGCCCCAAACAAAAAGAGGAACUGGAAUACUGUCUUCUCAAGCGGAGGAAAACCCACACUGGCAUAAUGCAAACAUUGUUUUCAUCCCGUACUGUUCAAGUGAUGUAUGGAGUGGUACUGGGCCUGCCCCAACUCCUCCUCCGAGGCCACGACAAGGCAGAGAGAAAGAAAGAGAGAGAAAUGCAAACGCAACUGAGUAUACCUUCAUGGGAUCCCUGAUCAUCCGCGAGGUCAUCAAAGACCUCAUCCCCAAAGGAAUCAAGCUGGCCAAGGUUGUAAUGCUGUCUGGCACAAGUGCGGGCGGGACAGGUGUUUUGCUGAACAUUGAGAGGGUGGCCAGUCAGCUGGAGCAGCUCGGUGCAGAGGCUCAGGUCCGAGGCCUCGUGGACUCUGGCUGGUUUAUAGAGAGUAAGCAGCAGAGAUCACCUAAUUGUCCUGAGACUGUUUCCUGCUCACCCGAAGAUGCCAUCAAGAUAGGACUCAGGCUGUGGAACGGUGUUGUGCCUGAUAGAUGUCGGCAGCUCUAUAAGAGAGGAGAAGAGUGGCAGUGCUUCUUUGGACACAAACUUUACUCUACCUUGACCUCCCCACUGUUUGUUGUGCAGUGGCUGUUUGAUGAGGAGCAGUUGAGGGUGGAGAACAUCUACAUGGGAGGACAGACUCUGUCUGAGGAGCAGUGGCAGUACAUACAGAACCUGGGCAGGGAGCUCAAGAACUCCCUGAGAGAUGUCACGGCUGUAUUUGCCCCAUCCUGCCUCUCCCACACAGUGAUCACUAAAAGUAACUGGAUGAGUUUCCAAGUUAGAGGCACCUCUCUGCCACGGGCACUGCAGUGCUGGGACAGGAGUCUGGACGCAACGCGCAACAACAGGACCCCUGCCAAAGGUUGUCCUUUCCACCUGGUGGACACCUGUCAGUCGCCCCAGUGCAACCCCACUUGCCCGGCCUUGGUGGACCAGGCCACCCAGCAGGAGCUCACCCUGCUCCAGAUGCUAGUAGCCAUGGGCCUUGACCUCCAGAAACUGGCCUUGGAACCCCAGGGAGAUGAAGAUUCUCUCGCUAGCAUGGUCAGCAAUGGUGGCUAAGUGUAAAAGUGGACUGCAGCUUAAGAGAUGGCCAGGCAAAGGCUUAAGAGGAAAAGAAUGUGUUGAAAUUUUAAUGUAACCAUAGAAAUAGUACAGAAAUCUGGUUACUACAUCUUGUGCUGCUCAGCAUUCCAUAAUGCUCCGUGUGUGUUAAAUUGGUGACUUGGCUGGUGGGUAUGUCACUGUGUCUGGGUCUGAGUGGUUUGGCUCUCCCUCUACUGGACACAAGAGGAAAGAGCUUUAGGCCUAAACUAAACUGUUUCAGUUGUACUGGUUGAAGAGCUUUGAGUUUUAGCGGAUGGCCAAGUUUAUUUACCUAACAGUCAUACUUUUGAUUAGUUAUUGAUAUAUUUCUGUGUAGGCCAGCAGGAGAUGAAACUACAAUAAUUUGUUCUCAUGCAUAGUGGAUAAUCUAUAAAAAAUAUAUACGUCCUGUUUAGCUAAUUGACAUGUGAAGUGUACAAUAAAAAGAAUCUGUGGUUAUUCAUUGCUCAGCUGUUAGAAUGCAAAGACAUAAUAAAGAUGACGUAUUGCAAUUCUUUGUCAUUGUCAACAUUAAAGACCAGCUUUUUUCAUAAUGUCAUGCUAGUUUUGCCAGGCAUUUACAGAUGCUACUGUAAUUGUAUGUUUUUAUUUUCAUCUAGGUACUGUAGUAACUAUGUCAUAUGAUAAGGAUUUGAUGAGAAUUGUAUCUGCUGAUAAUAUGUAUCAGAUUGAGAUGUUGCAAAUGUUGAA